AGCCAUGGCGAUCCUCGGGGAGCUCGGGACGGAGAUCCUCAUCCCUGUCUGCGGGGUCAUCGGCAUCGUCUUCGCCGUCGCGCAGUGGUUCAUCGUCUCCAAGGUCAAGGUCACCCCCAGCACCGCCUUCGCCGCCGCCGGCGCCAAGAACGGCUACGGUGACUACCUCAUCGAGGAGGAGGAGGGCCUCAACGACCACAACGUCGUCAUCAAGUGCGCCGAGAUCCAGACCGCCAUCCGUGAAGGCUCCGGCGGUGUAGCGGCAACAGGCUCCUACGGCUCUCCCUUUGGGCUGCUUACUUGGGGGCAGGCCUGGCAGCAGUUUAUGCACUCAGCUACCUGUCACGGCAUCGGGAUAACAACAUUGAAAGGCUAA